GCGCCGACUGUUGCAGAAACCGAGCCUUGCAGAGUGGCCUCACCUUUUUUGCUUUAACCUUGCCUUGCGCCGAACAUCUUCACUCCUCCAACCGACUUACACCUUGACCUGAACCUACCUUGGGUUGUCCGCCCUCCAAGCUCCAGCCAGCCAGCACAACAUGUCGCUCUUUGGCAGCUCCCCUCCCGACGACGGCUCGGCCGCCCUCAACCCAGCCAAGAUCGCCAACAGCAGCCGCUCGACCCUCUUCGAUAACGAGGCGCCUACCACUCGCUCCGGCAGUGCGCUAUUCGCCGACGAUGACCACGAUUCGCCCUGGGACAUGCCCACCCCGCGCAAGCAGCGCAGCCGCGCCGAUCUGAUCCGCAACCUCCUCCCCUCGGGCGACGUUCCCGAGAGCUAUAUCGAGACGUUCGACGCAGUAGUCCGUACAGAGAACAGGAGCACAAAUGGGCGGAUCACAGCCGGGGGGGUUGCGCGGACGCUGGCAGCGGCCAAGCUUGGCGCCGAUGACCAGGCGCGCAUAAUGGGUAUCAUCGCCCCUGCUUCGGCCUCCGCUACAGGCGCUGGUGGUGGGGGUGAUGGUGCCCAUGGUGGGGAGGCUAACAGCUCCGCUGCUGCUGCUGCUGCUGCUGCUGGCUUGGGGGACUUGGGCAGGAACGAGUUCAACGUCUUGCUGGCCUUGAUUGGCCUUGUCCAAGAAGGGGAGGUCGCCAGCUUGGAUGGCGUGGAUGAACGUCGACGAAAUCUUCCCCAGCCCAAACUACAAGGUCUUGUCAACGAGAACGUCCAGCCCGUGCUGCCGAAUUUGUCUGAACUUGCUGCGAAACCUCCACAACGACCCGUUACACCACCAAAAGCCCCCACCCCGCCUCCUCCCAAGCAACAGCAACAGCAGCAGCAGCAGCAGCAGCAGCAACACCAGCCGCCCACGCUGAGAAAGGUUUCAAUGGAGUAUCCCGAGGACCCGUGGAACGCGCCUGAUCUUCACAAAGGCCACAACCAUGGUCCAUUAGAACACUCGACGGGACAUAACGGCGCCGCCGACGUCCCUCGGUCGGUCGCCAACGACUUGAACGGCAACGACGCUGUUUCGUACAGUACGAGUCCCGAGGUGACGACCACCAGUGGUGCUUUGCCCGGUCGGACAACUUCCACUUUCACCACCAGCCAACCACCCUCGGGUCCAAGCUCAAUUCACAAUGUCGCCGAGUCGAUUCAAGAAAGCAAUGGCGCUUGGAACUACUUUCCCGGCAGCUCCUCGGGAGGAGGGUUCGGCGAGCCAGCAGACAAUGCUAUCACAGGUCCGUUUGGUGAUAGUGGGGGACCUGGUCAGUCUGUCAGUGGUUCAGUCGGUGGUUCCAAUCCCAACCGAAGCAUUGGACAUGUCAGGUCCGGAAGCAACGUGGAGGAAAAUAUCCUGGUGACGCUGAUGCCGGAGAAGGAGGGCGUGUUCAUGUUUCAGCACCACAACUACGAGGUCUCGAGCAUAAGACGUGGCAGUAAGGUCGUCCGACGAUACAGCGACUUUGUGUGGUUAUUGGAUUGCUUGCACAAGCGGUAUCCGUUUAGGGUGUUGCCGCUGUUGCCGCCCAAGCGGGUUGCUUUCAAUGGCAACCAUUUGUCCAACGAUGGAGCCUUUAUCGAGAAGCGUCGCCGCGGUCUGGCUAGGUUCCUCAACGCUCUUGUGCGCCACCCGGUUCUGGGUCAGGAGCAGCUGGUGAUUAUGUUCUUGACGGUGCCUACGGAACUGUCGGUCUGGCGCAAGCAAGCUACGAUCUCUGUUCAGGACGAGUUCACCGGCCGUACACUACCACCCGGUCUCGAGGACUCGCUUCCGCCAACUUUGGAGGAGCUCUUUGCGCGCACCCGAGCCGGCGUCCGCCGCAGCGCCGAGCUUUACAUCAGCACCUGCACCAUCAUGGACCGUCUCAUCAAGCGCUCAGAAGGCGUAGCAGCCGACCACGCCAGGAUGGCUGUCUCCCUGAUCUCACUCACCGAGACCAGUGCCGAUACCUACGCCACCGACCACAAUGACGUGCCACUUCUCAACGACGGGCUGCAAGCCAUGGGCCGACACUUGCGUACCGCACAGACUUUGAUGGAGGAUGAAGCGAAGGCGUGGGAAGAGGGUGUUUUGGAGGACUUGAAGAGGCAGCGAGAUGCGCUGGUCAGUCUACGUGAUAUGUUUGACAGGAGAGAUCGUCUCGACAAGGACAACAUUCCCUUCCUGCAACGACGCAUAGAGACGAAUGAAGCGAAGCUGCAAGCGCUUAAUGCAAAGCCAGAAGGGAUGGUUAAGCCCGGGGAGAAAGAGAGGGUUGUAGAGGCGAUCAUUAAGGACAAGGAAUCCAUUGUCACACAACACAACCGCUCAGUAUUUGUCAAGGAAUGCAUAAGAGACGAGCUUCGAUUUUUCCAGAACACGCAGUAUAACGUGUCGAGACUGACGCAGGAUUGGGCGCAGGAGCGGGUUAAGUACUCGGAGAUGCUGGCGGACAACUGGCGAAGGUUGCUGGAUGAUCUGGAAGGCAUGCCGCUUGGGGAUUAGGUGAACUCUAAGAGGCAUGGGCUUGGUCGGACCAUCCGGGGUGGUGGUGGCCGCACUGUUCGUGGUCCAAACAGAGGCAGCGACAUGGGAAGGGGCAACACGAUGAAGGUCAACAGGUCAAGCUAUCGG